GGUGGAGCGUACCGUGUGUUUCAGCGACCUGCUGCUGCUGCUGCUGGGGGACUGUUCGUCUGAGGGCUCCACAGAGCGAACACCAGGGUCCCGCUGAGAGAGGACAACUGAACAGCAGCUCUGAGAGGUCGCUGAGUCGCCUUCAGAGUUGCCUCAGCUCAGGCGCCCUCCCCUGUUUGCAGGAGGAGUGGUACGGCCCAUGUUGCCUAGAGCUAAGAUGGUUGAUGUUGUGUCACCACGCACAAUGCCGUCAGAAACCGAGGUUCACGUGGCGAGGAGCUUUCUCACCAAGAUUUUGCGGAGCUCUAUGAGGAAAAACCGCUUCAAAGGAAAGAAUGAUCCAGGCUCACGGCCACAUUCCUGGCACUCCUCCAAGCUGACAGAAGAGGAGUCCGAGCGCGCCAGGCAAGAGGCCGCCCCAGCACCAGUCUGGCGGCCAAAGCAUGAAGCGAGGCCCAAAGACUCAUCAAAUCAAGAGGACCAGAGCACCCAGCGUCAGCUAACCAGCCAGUUCACCUCAGCGAACAACAUGGAGAGACUGGAGCGUCCCUCGCAUCCCUUCUCACCAGGUCAUCUCUCCCCGACCAAAUACAUCAGCAGUGCCGAGCCACACUGUGGACCAGGAGGCAAAAGAGACUCUGGGUUCAGCUGUUUCACCAGCACCAGCCCUCCUGGUCAUGACCUCAGCACAUCUGAUAGGAAGGGAACCAGCGCUGAAAGCAUUUUCUUCAAGGGCCCCCAGAGUGAAGGGCCUCAGCAGGCAGAGAGGCCCAGGUACCUGCAGCCGACGCUGGGGAACGGGAGCUGGGAUGAGCAACCUGCCUCUCGGGUCUCCGUUGCAGGGAGGCCCAGUAUCAGCCCAGUGUGGCAGGUACCAGAGAAGAAGAAGUCCCAGUCUCCUCCUCCCCCACCCCCUCCCCUGCGCAGUGACAGCUUUGCUGCCACAAAGGUGUUCCCUUACUCUGAAGGGCCUGGUGGUCCAGCAAAGAGCCAUGGCAGAUCAGUUGAAAAGCUUACAGAAAAUAACCAGAAUGGCCUCAGAUCUCAUCAGGAGAAAACCUCAGAGGCCAGACGUAGCUUCAACCCCUUGCCCACCAAAGACUUCCUCCAUCCCAACAUGGCAGCUGACCACAACCACAACCAGCUGCACCCCAACAAACUCUUCUCCUUGUCCAGCAAUGAUGUCAGACAGCCUCAUUACACCAAACUACCUGCCCACCAGAGGCAGUACAGUGACGAAAGCCCCCUCUACCUGCAGACCAGGACAGCUCCUCCAACCAAGAUUCAGAGUGUAGGAAGCUACUACCGCAGCCUCCAGGAUCUGCCCACAAACGGCUUCGGCCGCAAACAGGUCCGGCACUCUACAGCAUCUGUUGCAAGCUCUGCUGCUAAUCCGGAGAAUGGAGGGCACAACAGAUACUACGCUUUGGCAGGGAAGCAUACGGUUCAGAAUGCUGACCUCCAGGCCAGGCAGGGCAAAGCAGAGGGUCUGAGGGGGGACACAGAGAAACCUCACUGGGUAAACAGCAAUGAACCAGGCUUCCCAAGUUCCCUUAAGACAAACGUGAAGGCAAAAUACUCUCUACCUCAGUCCCAGCUGCCUUAUAGUGAAGAUAAGGAGCGCAGUGGCCAUUCCCAGCUGGGGAAUGGUUUACAUUAUGACCACCAAACCUCUGAAGUUUGUGUUCGAGGCCUGGAAGAUGCUGCAAAGAGAGGUGAAGGACACGCUAAUGACCUAAAAAGUCACUUCCCAACACAUCAGAGUAAUGAUCAUAAGGCCAUAAGGCACCAAGACCCAUGGGUGCCACAAGAUGAUCACCGAAUAUCCCGUCUGAAAACCCCACUUCUCCACUCCCUGGCCCAGGAGAGUAGGAGUCUGGCUGUGAGGCAACCAGCAGCUAUGACCACCCAGGAUGCCAGUGACACCAUGGCCGCCAGUGGGGGAAAAUCUAACCGCCGCAGUGACCGUUACGCCACCACUCUCCGCAAUGAGAUCCAGCAGAAGCGAGCCCAGCUGCAAAAGAGCCGCAGCGCUGCAACCCUGACAUGCGAAGCCGAGGACGAGGAGGCCGAGGAGUGGAGAUCUACAAAAACUUCCUCUGGUGUCUCUUUCUCCAGCACCUACAAGGACCACCUCAAAGAGGCGCAGGCAAGGGUCCUUCAGGCCACCUCCUUCCAAAGACGAGACCUUGAGCCUCUUGGACCAGAGGUGCCGGUAGUUAAAACCUCCAAUGGACGCAUCAGAGGACGUAAGCGCUUCCCCCUGGCCAAAAGGAUGCACUCCUUCUCAGAGCCUGACAAGAUAGACAAAGUGGGAGUGGAGGGAGAACCUCAGACCGGGUCUUUCGGAGAGCGCAGAAAGUUCUUUGAGGCCAAACCGGCAUUUUCCAGGCCUGUGCUGAAGUCCAGUCAGGGUACAAACUUGAACGCAGACCUUGGUGAGAAACCCAAAGAGAGAACUCCCUCUGGAGAGCCAGAGGGAGUUCACCCCUCUGCAGACCCCAAACACCUCAGUCCCGGACAUAAGCAGGUCCUACUAGAGCAGCAGAGGCUUGGGACCUUCGCUGAGUACCAGGCCACGUGGAACAAACAGAAGAAGUCAUCAGAGGCCAAGACGCAAGGGAGGUAUCAUUCAGCAGAGAACAUCUUGGACGCAGAUGCCGAGGAGAAGGCUGUGUGCAUCCAUGAGAGGUCCCGAUCUUCCCCCUCUGCAGACUUCUAUACACAGAACAUUCCUUCAGCAUGGAGAGACCCUCACAGCCAGCAGAGCACUUACAGAGGAAAAACAGAGAGCAGGCAGCGCUACCAGCCCGACCACAGCCCACAGCCGGCCCCGUCAGUCCCCAGAAACGAGGGCCUGGUCCCAGGCCUCGCUGACCACAGGCCCAAACCAGACGCUGCCAAUCCCUCUCACACUACACACUGCUCAGGCCCUCGCAGCCUCAGCCCCAACCCCGGCUUCCAGCGUCCACAAACCCAGGGCCUCCUGCCGCCGCCGCCCAGGCCCCAUUUAGGCCCAGAAACCACAUCCUCCUCCCAGGAAUUCCUCGCUGGCGCCCAGGCAGCGCACCAGCCUCUGUCCAGCUGCAGCUCUGACACCCAGCACCACGCCGCUGCCCAGAACUCCUCCGCCGGCCCCGCCCCGGCCAGCUCCCCUCACCUCGGCGGGACGUCCACAGCAGAUAUGAGCAGAGGAGGUGUAGACGGCGAGGUGGAGAGGGAGCAGCCGCCCUCCUUGACACCAUCUCUGACUCUACCCGCAGAUGGAGCGCGGUCUCCCUCGCCACAGUUUGCACCGCUGAGACUGACCGACAAGCCGCCGGUGGUGAUCGUGCAGGAUGAGUUGACGCUCAGGUCAGACAAUGAUCUGAAUUCGUCAGCUGAGAUGGACGUGAGCAGUCCGGUGAGGAAAGUCCCUGUGAGGAUCGUCCAUGCUGAGAGCAGCCUGGAGCGACAGGGCAGGACCUACCUGCUUCAGAGCAGCAGCGACACCUGCAGCGCCUUCCAGCCGCCGGCCAACAUCCCCUCCCUGAGCACCUCGGAGCGGCCGGUCUCAUCCCUGUUCAGCGCCUACACCCGCCAGGCCGCUCAGGAUCAGCUCCAGGAGUCAGUCCCUGAGUCGAGUUCAUCCGAGGCUCGACACUCAGAGGAGGACGCCAAGAGAGAGGAGCUGGCCAGAGACAUCAUGGGGAAAGACAAGACGCUGGUGGACAUCUUGGACCAGAGCGGCAGGAUGACCACCAUGGACCUGAUGGAGGGACUCUUCCCCACAGAGGAGCAGAUCCUGGAGGGGGCGCUUCAGCGCAGGAGGGCCUCGUCUGGCUCCAGACUCCCCACCUCUUCCCCCAGGAGCCUGGACAGGAGGGAGGAGGAGGACCUGUCCGUAUCAGCCACCACCUCCCUGGUCCCCAGCUCCUCCUACUACAACACAUCAGCUCCCAAAGCCGAGCUCCUCAUCAAGAUGAAGGACAUGCAGGAGCAGCUGGAGGAGCAGGACUCUGAGGACGAGCUGGACGUCGACCUCGCCAGUAAAAAGCAAGAGCUGAUCUCCAGCCUGGCGAAGAAGCUGGAGGUGCUGCGGGAGGCGCGGCAGAGCCUGCAGGAGGACGUGGAGGACAACGAGGCACUGGGCCGGGAGGUGGAGGCCACCGUGCAGCGCCUCUGUCAGGCCAACCAGCUCGACAAGUUCUGCAUGUUUGUGGGCGACCUGGACAAGGUGGUGAGCCUGCUGCUGUCGCUGUCGGGGCGGCUCGCCCGCGUGGAGAACGCUCUCAACACCCUGGAGGACGAGGCGUCGCCGGAGGAGAAGCGGACCCUGACAGAGAAGCGUAAGCUGCUGAUGCAGCAGCACGAGGACGCCAAGGAGCUGAAGGAGAACCUGGACCGUCGGGAGCGGCUGGUUUCCAGCAUCAUGGAGGCCCACCUGGACGCGGAGAGCCUGGACGACUACCGCCACUUUGUGAAGAUGAAGUCGGCCCUCAUCAUCGAGCAGCGCAAGCUGGAGGACAAGAUCAAGCUGGGCGAGGAGCAGCUCAAGUGCCUGGUGGACAGUCUGCCGCUGGAGCAGAGGCCGCUGCUCUGAUACUGCUCUGGAUCAAGAUGGAGGCACCAGGUCGUGGACAGUUUCUUCAUUUGAGGGGGCUACAUGUAGCAUUUUGAUAUUAACGUUAAAUCGUGUUUGAGGUCAUGGCUGAGAGGAUUCCAUGCAAAACUACAUUUCCCAUGGGGCUCUUCAUCGAAUAGUUCUGGGAACUGAAGAGCCUCGGGAACUAAAUUAGGUCAGUUAGGCUGAUGAUUGGUUCGAAAACGACAGCUUCUUUGAGGCCUAAUUUUUGCACAACAAUUAGACAACAACACAGAGACAUCGUCUUAUUCCCGUCAAAUCUGAGGCUGAGGAGUUCAAGUAUCUCGGGGUCUUGUUCACGAGUGAGGGUAGAAUGAAGCGUGAGAUGGAUCGGUGGUUUGGUGCGGUGUCUGCUGUGAUGUGGGCACUCCGCCGGACCAUCAUGGUGAAGAGGGAGCUGAGCUGGAAGUCGAAGCUUUAGGCUUACCGGUCCAUCUACGCCCCAACCCUCACCUAUGGUCAUGAGCUCUGGGUAGUGACCGAAAGGAUGAGAUCGCGGAUACAAGCGCCGAAAUUUGUUUCCUCCAAAGGGUGUCUGGGCUCAGCCUUAGAGAUAGGGGGAGGAGCUCAGAGUAGAGCUGCUGCGCCUUUGAGUCUAAAGGUGUGGUGGUUCGGGCAUCUGAUCAGGAUCCUCCUGGGCGCCUCCUGUUAGAGGUGUUCUGGGUACGUCUGAUUGAUUGGAGGCCCCGGGGCAGACCCAGAACACACUGGAGGGAUUAUAGAUCUCAUCUGGUCUGGGAACACCUCGGGGUCCUCCAGGAGGAGCUGGGAAGUGUUGCUGAGGAGAGGGACAUCUGGGCUACCUUGCUAAGCCUGCUGCCCUGCGACCCGGCUUCGGAUAAGCAGAUGAAAAUGGAUAAUUCACGUCUGUGAUGUUUAAAUGGAUACUGUACAGAAGAUAUCGUGUUCUCUGAUUCAUUCUCCUGCUUUAGUUCGCAGAGACUUGCAGGUGAAGUUCCUGAGUUCAACACAGAAACUUUUUCUAGUAUCAAACACAGUCAAUGCUAAAGCGUAAACUGGUCACUAUUGGAGGGGUUUGUAUCACCAAAGACUCCAAGCUGAGCCUUCACUCUCCAGAAACAUCCAACCUGUGGUCCCUGACUACGUUUACAUGCAGACUAAUAUUAGUGUGAAUGUAAACGUAGUCAUGAAACUUUAAUUUAGAAUCAUAUCUGAUUGUAUUCACACCCACUGGAGACGACAAUGCGAAAAUGAAGUGCAGCGAUUAAACUGAACAAAAAUUUAAACACAACACUUUUGUUUUUACAAGUUUAAGUUUAAGAUCUGAGACUUUUUUAUGCUCUCGACAGAUUAAUUUCUCUCAAACUUUUGUCACAAAUGUGUCAGAUUGAAGCCCUGUGUGACUUCAGGCUGUCCCAGACGAAAAAGACGACCACCAUGAAAGAAACAUGGCAUUAUCUUUAAGAUGGUCGACUGCUGUUAGCACCUUCGUCUACUAACCAACCAAUAGAAAUGCAGCAUGAAAUGACGCACUGGCGCUAAACCCAAACAAACAGACAGAUAGCAGCUCGACAUGGAAGCAAAACACGCUAAGAGACAUGUGUGGGACUGUAGGACAUUUUAUUAACACAUAUAUAUGGAUAUUUAAUCAACAUUUUUUCGACAUUUUUUCAGACAAUUCAAUAAUAUUUUUUGGAUAAUUUAUCAACAUAUUUUUCGACAGUUUAUUAAUAU